AUGGGUGUCUUGCUAAUUCUGAAGACAUACCGGUACAUGGUACCCGAACUUAAUGGACGACGCCAUAUUGCCAGAUUCAGGCAGAUUUGGCCCGCGCCCUCUCCGGCAUUUUGUCAUCUUCCAGGAGGACUAAAUCCAGGACUCUGUGAUUGGGAUAGAAAUGUCAUUAACAAAAGGUGUCAAAUAAUUUCAAGGACCUUCAGAUCUUCUGGUGGUUUUGCAAAAGGUCUAGAUGACAGAAAAGAUGAUUGGGUUGAAGAUAAGAUUGAUGAAAAUAUGGAGGAGUGGAUUCACCCUGAUGAUAGGUCAGAUAUGAUCUUGGAAAAAGACCCAGAAUUGAAGUCUUUGUUGCGAGAACUUGCAUCAGAUUUUGGAAAAGAAAAACAAGAUGGAAAUACAAGUGAGGUAGGACUGAGUUGCCAUGAAGGAAUCAGUGCAGGUGAAAAGAAGGAAGACAAGUCCAGUGCAGGAGCUACAUGUAAGCUGGAUGGAAAUGUAAAGAUGGAUACAUUUGAUACAAGUGAAGGAGAAGCUGAAACACUAGAACCAAUCAGUACUGAAAAUGGAGAGCAGGAGAAGAAAUUUGUAUUUAGCAUUGAUGAUCUUGUAUCUGUUCUAAGAGAAGAGAAUGCGCAAGACAUCUGUGUCAUCAACAUCCCAAAGGAGAAACAAUAUGUUGACUAUUUUGUGGUUGUUACUGGACGAUCUCUGAGACACCUUAAAGCAAUGGCUCUUCAUGUUAAUCAACAGUAUAAAACAAAAAAGUCCAAAGAAGACCCUUAUGUUCUUGUGGAGGGAGAAGAUACCGACGAUUGGAUAUGCAUUGACUUUGGUAAUAUUGUGCUGCACCUAAUGUCAGAGGAGACUAGGGAGUUCUACGAGCUCGAGAAGCUAUGGACCCUUGGACCUGAAUACGACGAUCAGCUGAGACGAAUGAAGGAGUAUGAAACCAAGAUGCAGGAGACUCUUGAUAGUGUGGAUCUUGUAAGGACAGGCAACAAGGAACAGAAGGAGAAUGGCGAUGGCAGGCCUGUCAUAUCAUUUGCAAGAUGAAGAGCUCUAUAGAAUCUAAUCCGAAUGGAUGUGGUAUAAUUCAUAAUAGAUGGAGGAAUUCAUUUGCACAGGCAAAUAGAAGCGGUCUCUAAAUCCUCUAUAAGUUUGUACUAUGCAGGGGCCGCGGAACCGGGGGUUUCCAAAACCGUGUACAAAAACGUAAAAAUGACCAUAGGAUUGUGAUUUUUUGCAUGGUCAGCCCCCCCACUUUUGACUCAGCCCCCCCCCCCCCCCCCCACUUUGAAAACCGUUCCACGGCCCCUGCUAUGCAAAUGUUCCAUGGGGUAUUUCAUACGUUUUUGCAUUUGGUUUUUCGUCUGCUUGCCGUUCUGUUGUCCAUUUACCAUUUUCUCUCUUCCAGCUGGGCUAUAUCCAUUUUAUGUAAUAUCAACUUGGUCUAUUAAAGGAGAAAGAAACCUUUGGAAUAAGAUUGCUUACAAGUGCGAAAACAGAAAAAUCAAAGAAAAGGAUCAACGAAAAUUUGGGAAAAAUUGAAUAAAAAAAUAAUAAGAAAGUUAUCAUCAUUUAAAGUGUGAAUAAUUAUUGCAACGUAGAUCCUCCCAUUGGCAAUGUGACAAAGAUGAGUGAUGUCACAUGUGAACAACUUUCCCAUUACUUUUGUAUAUAUUUCACUUAAACUGCCUUUUUUAUCACAUUUUUUCCGUAGCUCAUGCAUUCUUUUUAUAGGGCAUGUAAUUAGUCCUACAUGUAAAACAGAUUUUAUAAGAAUACAUUAUGGAUGAAGAGUUUAAAUCACCAUAAGAAAGAGCAAAAAGAGACAUUUUGGGCAUAUGUUACAGUCCAUCAAAGGGAAAGUUGUUCACAUGUGACAUCACACAUCUGUGUCGCAUUGCCAUUGGGAGGAUCUCCAUAGCAUAGUGAUCGCAAUAUUCAAAAGCUCAUGACUUUCUCAUUAUUUGUCAGAUUUUUCUCAAACUUUCUUUGAUCUUAUUCUUUGAUUUUUCUAUUUCCACACAAGCCCACUUGUUCCAAAGGGUUGAUUCCCCUUUAAAUACCACUUAGUCUUUGGUGUAUUAUUAGAUGAGCUGUGCAUGAACCAAAAUUUUCAUUUGACAAAGUAGUUGAAAAUGAUAAGACCAAGUUGGAAUUAUAUACCAUCUGAGCAUUAGACUAAAUGGCAAUUAGACUCUUAUACCAAGUGUAGCGUACAGACCACAUUGAUAGCAGACCCAAACUUAAAGGACAAGUCCACCCCAAUAAAAAGUUGAUUUGAAUAUAAAGAGAAAAAUCAAACAAGCAUAACACUGAAAAUGUCAUCAAAAUCGGAUGUAAAAUAAGAAAGUUAUGACAUUUUAAAGUUUCCGCUUAAUUUCACAAAACAGUUAUUUGCACAUCCUGGUUGGUAUGCAAAUGAGGAGAGUGAUGACGUCAUUCACUCACUAUUUCUUUUGUAUUUUAUUAUAUAAAAUAUUAUAAUUUUCUCCUCAUUGUCAAGUGAAACGACGAUUAAUUCCUCCCUGAACACGUGGAAUUAGCAUUGUUUAAUACUAUAUGGUCCAGUCAAGUUGGUCCUUAUUAUCAAAUUUUCUAAAAAAUGAAAUAUUGUAUCAUUCAAACAAUAAAAAACAAAAGAAAUAGUGAGUGAUGGACAUCAUCGACUUACUCAUUUGCAUGUCACUGAGUUGUACAUACAUGUAUCACUGUUUUGUGAAAAAUAAGUGAAACUUUAAAAUGCCAUAACUUUCUUAUUUUACAUCCGAUUUUGAUGAAAUUUUCAGCGUUAUGCUAGUUUGAUUUUUCUCUAUUUAUUAAGGGUUAAGCCUUUGUUAUGUUACUGUCUGAGAAAUAGACUUACUGCUUGUAGACCAAAACUCUCUCUUACUAGUAGAUUGGGGAUCGAGAAAACUGCUUAGAAAUAUUCCAUUCAGUGAAGUCAUGAAAGCAACAUUUAGUUUGUUACCCACAAGCCCUUAAAUUUAUGUCAGGACUUUGAUGACUAAUUUCAUCAGAGCACUGGUGCAAGAUCCUUGACCAUUUCAUUAUUGAACUUUAAAAGAAAUUUCCAAAGAUAAAAUUUCAGAUAGAAUCUUUGUAAUUCAUUGGAAUUAAGAUUCUUGUUUUGUAAUAUAAAGGGGCAUGUGCCUGCAAUUGCAUAGUGUUUCUGUUUUUAUGUGUCCACCCAUUGUAGAUGGUGCAUGAGGCAUUAUGCUUUCAGGUUGUCUGUCCGUCAGUCCUGUUUUUGUUCUCUCGAUUAACUCAAGAACUGUUUUGAUAGAUUAACUCCAUACAUACAUACAUGGGAGUGACAAUUAUUUUAUUGAGUAUUUGGGGUAUGGAGGUCGAAGGUUGAAGAUCCAACAGGUCAUCUUUAAAUGCCGUUUUCUGGCGAUAAUUCAAGAACUGUUCAUUGCAUCAUCUUCAAACGUUCAAUUGCCAAUUCGUCUACUGCCAACUCGUCCACUCACCACAUGGUCUACCUUCAUUUAGUCUACCGGUAAUGCCAUUGCGUCCAUCAACAUUUCGUCUAACAACCAUCUGGUCCAAUAACCAUUUGGUCCAAUCAUCAGUUCGUCUAAUCAUCAGUUCGUCUAUGACCAUUUCGUCUCAUAACCAGUUGGUCUAAUAUUCAUUUUAUUUUCAUUCAUUUUGCCCAAUUAACACUUUAAUAGUCUAAUUAGACCAAAUGGUAUAUGAACUAAAUGGCUAUUGGACCAACUGGUUAUUAGACGAAGUGGUGAGUGGACAAAAAAGCAAUUAGACCAUGUGGAUAUUGGACGAACUGAUGGUAGACCAAAUGAUAGUAGACAAGUUGGCAAUUGGACGAAUUGGCAUUUGACCAAAUGACAAUAAACCUCUUCAAACUUGGAUCAUGUAUGCAUAUUGGAGUGACAUUAAUGUGAUUAGUUUCUCAGGUCACAAGGCCAAAGGUUCAAGUCACAUAGUUAACAACUUUAAGAUUGGAAGAUGCAUGCUUACUAGAGUGUCAAUGAUAUGAUUAGUUGGGGGGAACAUCUAUCGAAGGUUAUGAAAAUGAUACAUCUUGAAAUAACUUUUUCGUGAUAAUUCAAGAACUGUUCGAAAGACCGACUUCAAACUCAGUUCAUGUAUGCACUAUAUAUAUACAAGCAUAUAGGGUUAGGAAUUACAAUGAUCUUUAGUUUGGGCCCCUUUUGGGGAAUGGCUUCCUAGUUCAUAAAGAGUGACAAUGAUCUAAUUAGUUUGUGGUGUCAUGGCUGGAAAUCUUUUUGAUGGUUUUCACAAUAUCAGAAAAAAGGAUGCAUUAAACUUCACAUCUGGCAAUGGCGGAGGCAUAAUGUUCCAAUACGCAGUCUAGAAUGUUUUGCAUAUUUUGUUCUAAGAAGAGCUGCAACUGAAUUUCAACUUUUACAGACUCGUCGAGAAGUGAUUAUUAAUCGUGUUAUCUACUCCUGGACCAGAUUUGUUAUCUUGUAAAAACCGUUUGAAAUUCUUAAUUAUCCACACUAUGACAUUCCUUCUGCUACCCAAUACUUUAGUUCUUGUGCAAAUUUCAUUACAAAAUGCUCUUUGCCUUUAAUAUCUUACACACACAUGUGUACAUAUCGAUAUUGUCAAAUAUACAUGGAAUAUAUCUUUUCAAGGUUUAAUCGAAAAUAUAAACAGUUGUUGUAUGCAAGAACAAUGAAAUCAAUGCGAUGCUUUCAACAUUAUAGAAUAGAGGUGUGGCUGAUGAUGGUAAUAAACUAGUAAUGCAUUUGUGGGAAUAUUGGGUGAUAUUUUGUCAAUAAAUUUCAUGAAAUACAUAAAUUGUGUAUGUGACAUGAGUCUGGGCCAUGGCCAUAUCUAGGAAGAAGUGGAUGCACUGUCAAAAAUAUUUUUUUUAAAGCCCCCACCCAUCAGAGGUCGUUUCAUUAUGUUUGAAGGUUGUCUGUCCAUCCGUCCUGUUUUUGUUUCCAUGAUAGUGGAAGAACACUUUGAUGAAUCCACUUCAAACAUGGUCCAAGUAAUCAUUUGUAGCACUGGUAAUGCUCAGAAUAGUUUGGGGUAUCAAGGUCAUGAUGUGUAUCUGUACAUUAACUUAUUUCAUUCUAUUGAUGACUGAAGAAGCAUUUUGCAGGAUCAACAUUUUGCAUUUUUGCAUGAUCAUUGUGCAUGAUCAUAGAUUUAUGGGUAACAAGGUCAAGGUCCCAAGUGUCAUUAAGUUCCUGAAAGUAUCUCUUCUUGCAAGUAACUAAAUUAGAACUAUUCAACUUCAAACUUUGCUUGUGUAUACGUACAUGUAAGGGAGUAAUUUUGAUCUGAUUUGGGGUCAUAAGGUCAAAGGUCACAUAUGCCAUUCCUGAAAAUACCCUGUACUGUUUAAGGGUUUGACUUCGAUCUUGGCUCAUUUACAUUCGGUAAACAUGCAUAUUGUCUUCUCAGCAUGAUUUGACCAAUGCGGUGAUGCCUUUUAUACUGUAUGCUUGCUGGAAAUUUAAAUGCAACUUGAAGUCACACUUGAAUCUUUGUGAAACAACUGCCUGAUUAGAAUACAGGUCAUUUUGUCACAGAAGUUUGCUUUGCAAAUCCUAUGUGGAAAGUGGUCUGAAAAUGCAGCCUAAAAUCCCCGACUGUGACUUGGGCACAGAAGGUCCCUCUGAAAACAGCAAGUUGUGUUUUGCUAGUCUGGUGCCAAGAUCCCCUUUUUGAUCAAAGUUUCAAUCAAAGUCUGUUCAUUCAGACUAGGUUCAAAGGUCCAAGAUAGCAAAGGUCAUAAACUUAUUACAUACUUAGUAUAUAUUAGAAAGUAAAUCUUUCUUCUAAUAUCUCAACUGAAAAACUGUUCGAAGGAUUAAUUUCACACCUCAGUCAUAUGAAUAUGUGAGUUAGGAAGAUGGUCACAUACUGUAGAUCUUUAUAUCCAUGAAAAUAUAUUCUUGUGAUAACCAAAUAAUCCUUUGUGGGACAAACUUGGAUCAUGUGCAGUCAUCUGGUUAGAAUUUGGGGUUACAAGGUCUAAAAUUACAGAGGUGAUAAGUUUUGAAAUAAUAGGUAUGUGACAUAUUUCUGAUCUGACAGUGGCAGAGGAAUUUUCUUGAAAUACCAAAGCAGUGGCCUUUUACAAGUGGUUGAUGUUUUCAAAUUAUAUUAAUAUUUGCUUGUUUGAUACUUUGAUUUCUCUCCAUUUAAUUCAAAUCCACUAAUUGAUCAAGGCCAUACCAGGGGUAUCUUUAUAAUAUGGGGAUAAACAAGAAAUAUUACUCAGCUGUUUUUGGAUGAAUUUAAGGAUAUGUUAUCUUUUGGUUUGCUUUUGUAUUUUCAUUACAAAAGGUUAGAUCCCCCCCCCCCCUUCUCUAAGGGGGGGAUCUCAUCCUUUUGGAUGAAACUGUCGUCCUCGAUCACUCAUUCUCUCUUCAAUGAAUUUCAUUAAAUCUCUUGGGAUAUUGAUGUUGAAGUACAAUUUGUUCACCUUCACAACCGAUGCUGAAUAUUGCCUCAGACAAACUAAACGUUAAAAAGAAUCAUUGCCAUUGCACGUGACAGCUGUCGUUGCUAUUGUUUGAAACCUAGAUACAUUUCAGAUGAAGAGUUUGAAGAAAAAUCAAUAAAAAUUGCACGGCCGUGGUUUGGUUGUAUAUCUGGUUUAUUCUGGUUUAGUUGUUAUGACGUUUAUUCAAAGUGAUUUAUUUUAUUACAUUGCUCUUUAUUAACAUAAUCACAAAGAGUUAAUUUUUUGUAUCGUUUCAGUGAUAAUGUUAUCAGUUUCUAAACUUUGGUAUCAAAACUAGGAAAGGGAAUCAUAUCUUUGAUAUGAAAUUGAAUUGUACUUCUUACAAAAUAACCCUUGCAAAAUGUGAAACAUAAACAGUUCAUAAUAUCACUAAGUUACUGCAUUUGCAGAUUGGUCAUAUGAUAAUUUUCAAAACUGAUUUUUUUUUUUUCUUUCCAAGGGUUAGAUGGAAAUUUAUUCUCUAGCUCUUUGUGUCAGAUACUUUAAUGAUUUACUGUAAAACCAGAAUUUAAUUUUACUUCUUAUAAAAUGACCCUUGCAAAAUGUGAAACAUAAACAGUUCAUGAUAUCAUUAAUUUACUGCAUUUGCAGAUUUUUCUUUCUUUCAAAUGUUAAAUGGAAAUUAUUAUCUCUUUAUACAUGUACCGUAUGGUCUUAGGAUAUGUUGGAUACUUAAUGCACUGUAAAACCAGAAAUAUUAAGAACAAAUGAAUUAUACAUGCACACAGGGGUCGCCAGGAUGUUUUGAUGGUGGUGGGGGGGGGGGUAAGACCACCUGUUUUUCGACUGUCUCGUUUCCAUGUCACUGAGUUGUGCAUAUCACUGUUUUGUGAACAAAUAAGCAAAACAUUAAAAUGUCAUUACUUUCUCAUUUUACAUCUGAUUUUGAUGAAAUUUUCAGCAUAAUGCUUGUUUGAUUUUCUCUAUUCAAAUCAACAUUUUUCUGGGGUGGACUUGACCUUUAAAUAGCCCUUCUGAAAGAGGAGAUACUAAGCUUUAUAAGAGGAGAUUCUAAGCUUUAUAAUGAUAUAUAACUCAUGAUCCUAACCCACACAAGUAAGAGGAGAAUGUUCACUACCAUGGAACACUCCUUUUGAGAAAAGGGGGAUUAAAAAUUACUAGUCUAUUGAAGAGCGCUCACUCUUCCACUAUUGUGUAUUGUAGACAAAAGGUAGAUUAAAAAUCAAUAGAAUUUUGAUGGAAGGAAUUAUCAGCUUGCCCCUAAAGUUCACACACUAAUAAGGUACAUCCUGUCCAUUUGUUUGAAUAAGUAUCAAUGUUAGAAGAAAUCCUGUUUUGAAUUUAUAGGAGUUCAAAGAGAGAUUAAUUUUCAGGUAUUCGUGAAAACAAAAACAUGAUUACAAUUAACUCAAAAAGACAAAAUAGAUCUAAUAAAAGCACUCAAAAACGAAACUUAAGGUUUGAUUUGUACAUCCAAUUUCUUUACAGUAAAUAGAGGAGAGUAUACUCUUUCAGAAAACACAAAAACCUGAAAUUUAAACAUUCUAACCAAAAUGCUCUUAAUUGGCUCUUUUUUUAAAUAACACAGUGCUACUUUUUGUGGGUUUUGUGGUGCUGGGUCUCAUAUAGUAUUUUGAAAGAUUGUAUGUAUAUUUCACAUUCUUGAAACAAAAAGUUAUAUUUGUAGUAUGAUGUAAUAAACCAUCCAAGAAAACAAGGAGUAAUGGUAAAUUUUGCUCAUAAAUUUAUCUACAGACUGUGAUAUGCAUUUUUCAUUUUUGAUUAAUUUGCAAACUUUAAAAUGCCAUGUAAUUUUAUCUGAUUUUGAUUUUUUUUGUAAUAGUUCAACUCCUUUGAUUAUCAUUUAUUCAAGUGAUUGAAUUCAAAUUUAAUUUCCAUGGAUGUACGUGUGGCCAUAUUUCACCAUGACGGAAAGUUUAUAAUAAAAAAAGCAGAAAAAAUGAAUAAGUAUUGGUGAAUUGGGGAAAAUCCAUCCAAGGAUAAAAAAAUUAUUAGAAUUUGAAUUAUUUGAAUUGUGACAUGACAAUGCGAGCAGCUUUCCUACAUAUAUCAUUUGGUAAAAAAUUAAUGAAAUGUAAUUUUCUCAGAAAAUUAAAAAUGGUUUUACCUUCACUAUAUUGAUACACAGAUUAUUUCACACCUGCUCCUAAAAAAAAAUAAAAAAUAAAUCAUCAUGAAAUAUUAAAAAUAAAUGCAUGCAUUUUAUAUUAUAUAACAUAUGGGGUAGCUUCUCGUUUAUGAUAUCUAAAAAAAACUUGAAAUUCUAAUAACUUUCUUUAAAUGGAUUUUCCUCCAACCUUCACCAAUAAUUUAUAUUAUUUUUAUCUGGUAUUCAUACAAGAAAAUUUUUGUUAGGGUGAACUUCCCCUUAAAAAGAAGAGAAGAUUUCAAUUACAAAUAAGACAGAAAGAGACAAACGGAAAAAAAAUUAAAUUGGAUUAUUGUGUUUUAAAAACAUUUUUAUUAAUUUAUCAAUUUAUUCAUUCAUCUAUUUUAUGUUAUAUAUUUAAUUAUUUGUUCAUUUAUUAAUUAUUUAUUUGUAUAUCUAUUUUUUUAUGUAUCUCUGACUUUCAUAGUCAAAAGCUUAUAAACUACUUAACACAGAAAUGCAAGCUUUAUGCAUUUUCACUGCUUACCAGCUAAGCAUAUUGCUUAAGAAUAGCUCCAUUUAUCGGGCUUCGAAAAUAGGCUUUCUUGUCCGUGCUUUCACCAGUUUCGACAAGAACAUGACAUUAUGUUGGUUUAGAAGUGUUGCGAUUCCAUAGGUUUGUACUUAAAAAAAAUGGGAUUUUUUCCGCUUUUCAGAUUACGUAAUUUAAUUUCUUCACUUCACUAUCACAAAGAGAUGUCAUUAAUAUCUCUCCUACAAGCUUGAAUUGACAAAAUCUAUAGCUUUUGAAAACUUUUUACCAAACUUUAUUUUCUGCCUACAGGUAUUUGGCUCAGCUUUCCAAUUCUAUCUGCAUUCAAAUUAUGUGUACCACUUUUCCUGCCCUAGAAAUUUAGGCCAAAUAAGAGCCCCCCCCCCCAAAAAAAAAUCACAAAAUAGGGCCAUCCAUUUGAGCACAUAGUUCUCACUUCUCAGUGACAUUUUUUCUGCUAAUUAAAGAAAAAAUCAAAAUCAAAAUCUGAAAAGCAGAAAAAUUAACAUUUAUUACUGUGUACAAACCAAUGGAAUCACAACAUGCCAUCAUGGUCUCGAGGCCGGUGAAAGCACAGACCGUAAGCUUAUUUUCAAAGCCCGAUAAUUGGAGUUAUUGUUUAAGCAAAAUACUUGGCUGGAAAGCGGUGAAUAUGCAUAAAAAUUGCAUUGCUGUGUUAAGCUCUCGAUUUGGUAUAUGAUUUGUCAGUUUCACUUUUGGGUCUGAUCUUGGUCUUCAACGCUUGCAUUUUGUAUAUCAGCUUCAGGUCAGAUUUGUAAAGGCAAUGACUAGCUGUAGCUUCUACCUUGAUUAUGGGAUAGGAAUAUCCCCCCCCCCUCCCCCCGAACAUAAAAUUGUCUUUUUCAGCAUUAUACUACUGGCCCGUUUUGUUUUAUUUUUAUUCCCAUGUUUCAAUUCACUUUCAUCCUAAGAAUAUGCUUUGUUUGACUAAAAUUUAUGUGAUUAUUUUAAAUGUUUGUAUUUUAUUGAUGGAAAAUAAAUGAAAAUUCCAUCUAUGUA